AUGGCCGCAUCCUACGCCCCCCGUUUCCAGCCGGGCCUGCACGCUCCCCACCUCUGCGGGCCGUACCGGCCGGUGGACGUGCCGAAGACCCAGCAGGCCGCGCAGGCUCCGACACAUGUGCAGCUGUACUGUGACCUGGACGGUGUGCUGGCCGACUUCAACAAGGGCUGUCUUGCCCUUUUCCCAGAAGGUGGGGCAAUUGCGGCGAAGAUACCGACGCACACGGUCACGAAGCUCACUUGGGAGGAGGAGAGCGAGAUGUGGCGGCGCAUUGAGGAAAAGACGGACUUCUUCCUGUCGCUUGAUUGGACGUCAGAUGGCGAAGAGCUCUGGAGAUGGAUUGAUUGGAAUAUCGUGUCCAGUCCAGCAGUUCUCACUGGCCUCCCGAUGGGCCGAGCAGGACAGAUGGCAGCGAAGCAGAAGGAGCAGUGGUGCCACGAGAAGCUGGGCUCUGAGGUGGCGGUCUACUGUUGUGGAACACGGAACAAGCAGAAGUUCAGCGGCCAGGGCUGCGUGUUGAUCGACGAUCGUGGGGACUUGCGCGAAGCCUGGGAAGCUCGAGGGGGCAUCUUUGUUCAUCACACUUCAACGGCAGAGACCAUCCGCCAGCUGCGGGAGAUCCUCAAGUCCUCGCAGAUUGGAAGAGGAAGCCAGAACACAACGAGCACCCAGGAGGCGCCGCUACAGAUGACCAGCAUCUGCUGGGCUGCCCAGACGCCGGCAGGUUGCUUCAAACCUAAGUGCCGCUACUUACACGUGCCUGUCUCGCGCCGACACCGCUGCUGGAUUCAGCUCUGGGGAUUUGUCUGGUGGCACCAGAGGAUGUUCGACGACCUUCCCAGCUUUGUGGACUGCAUUCGCUCUGUCUACUCUCCAAAGCACCAGGCUGCUUUCCAGGCAGACAAGGACAUGGACGAGCAAUCGCACGGUGCCUUCCGGUCGAUGCUCGAAACCCUGCGGGAGAGUUGUGAACUCGGGCUGCCUCUCGACUUUUUGCGUGCGAUGGACCAUCCCUCUCCACCGUCGCCGCUGCCUCCAUUGCCGCGCCAAGUGCGAGAUGUUUCGGCGCAGGUCUCGGCACUGGUUCAGACCUUGGACGUGUUGGGUCCCGACCCGAAGGUUGUUGUAGCGGGCAGCAUGGGUUUGGGUGCAGACGUCGGAGGGUCUGACCUCGACCUGGUGCUCUGCUGUGACAUAGAGGUGAAUCCCAAGACAGCCCUGGCCUCCGUGACGGAGGCUUUGCUGAAGGCCGGGGAGGCCGUCGAUGUGAUAUUGCUGGAGCAGGUCGCUGUUCCGCUGGUCUCCUUCCGAAUGGCAGGCCUUGCUGUGGACGUGACAUUGAACCAGAUGUCUUCUAUCCGCGACAUUCUGCUGUUUCGCUAUGCUCUGCGAACUGCUGGGCCCGAGCUUUCCUCCAUGCUGCGCCUCGUGAAGAUGUGGCUGAAAGCGCGGCGCAUUCCCGGCACAAAGCAAGGCAAUAUGUUCGAUCUGCCAGUAAAGCUGGAUCUGCGACUCUACAUCCACUUCCUGCUUCGGUUGUUUCUUUUUCACUCUCCUGGAAAGCUGCGGGCUGGAAGACGGUGUCCUCGCACGCGUGAGGAGUACCUCCACGAGGUGCGUGCGGGCUCGCAUAUGUGCGAGUACGAAAACUUCUCCGUUUGUGGCCUUUGCUGCCUCGUUUUGCUCUUCUUGAUGAUUAUUGGCAGCGGGCUUUUCAUGAAAAUUCGAAGGGACCUGCUUUUGAGGGUCCUGGUGCUUCCGAGAUGGGGCGUUGACUGCUUGGGUUCGCAGUUCCGCUCCCUCCAUAGCACCGUGAAGGCGAUUUGCGGCGGCAUCCCGUUGUGGAUUGGGCUGCUGCUGUUCUGGGCUUGGAUUCUUUGGCUGUGCAUCUUUGGGGGCCAGGGCAUGGCUGCCCGAGACCCGCUGGGAGGAGAGCUCUUUUGCGAUUUCAUCUUCGAGGCUAUGUGGCUUUCGCUGCGCGAGUGGUUUCCCGGCGUGGUUUUCGAGUUCGAGGUCUGUGCAGACCGGCUCGUGGUCGAGGCGGUGUCCCACGGUGGUGGUGGAGCUCAGGGCACUUCUCAGCGGGCCGGUGGUGGUGUGGCUGGGGCAGGCGAUUUGAAGUCCCGUGCCCUUGGCGGUGGUGUUCCUUCUAGUGACGCCUAUGUCGUUGCUGACGAUUUUGCCCCUUGGGGGCCUCACGCUGAUGCUGGCGAAGAUGCGAGUGUCUGCGAUUGCAUGACAGAUGAGGCUCAGCGCAUUUUGCCUGAGUCGGGCUGUGGCUCUUCGAUGGCUCAUGCUGCCGAUCCCUUUCGGGGUGGUGCCGUGGAUGAUGGUGUGGUAUACCCGGCCGGCUGUGACACGUUCCGCGGCGGUGCUGGUGGGUCCGCAGCCACAAAAAGAAAAAGAACGGAACGGCUCCUCACGGCUUUGCCUCAGAUGUUGUCUGGUUGGGCCGAAGAAGCGGGGGAAGGCGAGGCUGAAGCAGAUGAUGGCUAUGAGCAUUUGUUUCGAGAGCUGGAGAUGAUUGUCACGAAUCGGCCGAAGGACCCGAUCAUGGCAUUACAAAGGCUCCUUCAAUCUUGGCAGGCUCCGGCGACUACGUGGCCUUCGGCUUCACGGUGGGCUUCCAGGAGGCGUCGUACUGAGGACUGGAAUGGCUGGCCUGAUCCUGCUCCUGCUUCUUGGGAGGAGUGGCCGGUUGAUGUGCCGGCGGACUCUGGUCAGUCGUGGCAGCCGGCUGCUGAGGAGGAGGGCUGGAUUGAGGUUUCCCGCAAGAAGGCGAAGGCGAAGAAGAAGAAGGCUAGUGCUGAGCCAGCUCCUCGAGUUGUCUCUCUUUCGAGGACGGGCAAGGAUCGUGGAAAUGGCAGGGUCCGGGGCGAUGGUCAUCGCGGUGACUCGGCCCCCCUGAUGCCAGAUGAGUGGCGGCCCCGAGCUGCCGAUUGGGACCUUGGCACUGUUGUCGUCUCUGAUGUGGCCGAGCUGCUUAAUGACCCUGAGCAGGAGGCGGUUGCAUACGCCAGCACUCCCGAUGAGAUUGAGCGCCUUCGCACCUUUGUUCAAAGUGCCGAUGGCGAUCGUGAUGUGACUUUGGUCGUCCUCAAGGGGCACUGUGAACAGGUGAGGCAGGACUUCACCGAGGUUGAGUGGCACGAGCAGCGGCUCCCGGGUGCUUUGAAAGGCCGGGUUCGUGUCGCCACAGCGUGGAUUGCUCAUUGUGGGGAGAACGCUCCCAAGCUGAAGCGUUUCAACGGUGCUUUUAGGCCGCCGAGCUGUGCGGAGACUACGGUGCUCCGCGUACACGCCCACUGGAUUCACCAUGAGCUCCGGUGGCAGGCCUUGACCGCCAAUCCUGGCGCACACCUUCGUGAAUGGUGCUUUGGACAUGUGGGUCACAUCAAGGACUCUUUUGGCUGGCAGGUUGUCCGAGGUCCAGGCGGGGCCACCGCGACCAUAGAAGGAAAAGUGCGGCUUCCCUCCUCGAAGGCCGCACAGCUGAUGCAGAUGAGUGGAGAGUAUUGCAAGUCCGAGCGUUGGUUUGUGAACUCUCUCUCGCGACAGCAGAGCAUCCCGGAUGUUCCGCCUUUAGCUGUUGACUGGCUUCCCUGGAAUGCUGAUGAAACAUGGAGUCAGUAUGCAUCCAGAGCCCGCCGCUCCCUCACCCCCACCUCUUUCGGCCUCGCGUGGGGGAUGUCACAGUUGGGAACUCGCAGGGCCGCCACGGACGAGGAUCGCUCAAAAGUUUGCACUUUGCAGCGCACCUGGAAGGUCGUUGGAAUUCCCCGUGACUGGGCCUUCGAAGACGUUGAGACAUUUCUUUCUGAUGCUGCUCUUGAGGAGGUGCAGCUCCGUGAGCGCAAACCGUGGAAGAGUCAGACUUGCUGGAUCUUCAGAGCUAAAGCCCAGGACUCCUGUGAGUACUUCAGUGUUGAGCUUGACACAGGCUUGGUUGAGGCCACUCGUCUCGGCCAGGACACCUCUGCUAGUGUCGAGGUCGUUGAGGAUGCCGAGGACGACGAGCCGACCAUGCAGGUCGAUGCUGCCUCUGGGAGUGCCCGGCUUGACGAUGGCAAAAGCUUGCCUAGGUCUGAUGACACGCCGGCGAAGCGUCAGAAGGCUGGCGCCCCCUCUGCUCCUGCCGGCGUGCCUGCCGGCAUGCAGCUUGUCAACAACAAAGGGGAAGGGAACUGCAUGUUCUUAGCUUUGUCAGAUGCUUUGGUUGGGGUCGGCCGCUCAAAGCGCUCGGCCCUGGAGCUCCGCAACAUUGCUUGCACCCAUCUCAGAGCCCAUGCUCGGGAUUUCGAGGGAUACUGGGCCGGAGACAGCCCGUCGCAGACCGGCGAGCCUAUCAAGGACAAAGGUUUUCAAGCCUAUGUGCAGCUUGCUGCCCGUGAUGGGGCUUGGGGCGGCAGCCUCGAGCUUGGCAACCCGCUUGCCCUGUGGUAUGAGAAUCGGCAUUACCAAGCUCUGGUUGGUCAGCUUACGCCCGCUCUGCGUCAAAAGGCUAAACGGCUAAACCUGCCAAGCUUGGAGAUGUGCACUUCCGCGGUGGUGGAUUGCAGCGAGCUGAUCUCGAGGCUGCCUCCUCUUUGGGUGGCCACACUGUUGCUUCGAGGACUUCUACUCUUGGUGGCUGUUCUGUUGGAGCUGCUUCUCGCCGAGCUCCCUCGACUCUUGGGCGGUGCACUGCGCCUCGCUCUGGCGCCGGCUCUGCCGCUGCUGAUGUUCGGCCACACUUCUGGUGCUCAGAGCUCUUCGGCACGGCCUCAGGGAGCCACGACCGACGCUGAUCCACCUCCGACGCUUAGCUCAAGCCAACGAGCGCUGCUUCAGCCGCGCUACCGCCGAAAUGUGCUGGUGACUGGUGAUGGCCCACCGCGGUUUGAGUGCCCUCACUGCGACUACGCCUACACUCACUCUUCGAGGACCGUGGUUUCCUCAGCUCGGAGGACUCACUUGAUCCGCUGGCACGAUGGGGUCGGGGUCCCAGGAGCUGUGCGGGUUGUGGACACUCCUUUCCGGAGGCUUUCCGCGGCCGAGAUCCAAGCCGACAGCUUCGACUGGAAAUGCCCUGUGUGUCGUUUCGGCAUCCCUGCUCAGGCGCGGGACAGCAUUUCCAAACAUGUCUUCGAGAGGGAAGCGACAAAGCACCGUCGUGACCGACAUCCUUCUUACGAUGAUCGCCAGUGGCAGGCUUUGGCUGCUGCACAGGCCAUGCGCAGACGAGGUGCCCGACGGAGCCGUGUGGUUGGCGCCGCCAACAAGCGGGCCGUGAAGCUCGUGUCGAGUGGCGUGGACUUUCAGGGCUUCGACGAGCUUUUGUGGCCGGUUCUCGCUUCGAAGAACCGUCGUACUUGCAAAGUGCUGUGGCGGAAGGCUUGGUGCUGCACUUAUGCUGCGCGCCGCAGGCGCUUCUUCAAGCCGUCGACCUUCUUCUGUGACAUCAUGACGGCGGCUCAUUUUUCGGAGGGCCGUGUGACUCGUGUUGGCACCAUGAAUGUGGGCAAGAGUUUGGCGAGUAAAGUGCUGGCUGUGGUUGCUGUGAUGCAGUCCCAGGGCCUGGACAUUUGUUGUCUUCAGGAGAUUGAUGUCAACGAGCCGUCGUGGCCUCGGGUGGUUGCUGGCUUUAGGGCUCAGGGCUUUGGCAUUUUUGCUGGUGUUGCUGAUGCCAAUUCCAUGCGACGGUGUGCCAUUGUUAGCAAGCUACCUGGCAAGUUGCUGCAGCUUGAGGGCGUUGAGGAGGCAGCGAGGGCGGUGGCCAUGGUCUUCGAGGUCCAGCGCAACGGCUCCUACCGCAAGGUGAUAGUCGGUUGCACCUACGGCCACGCGAGUUGCUUAGAGGCUGCCUCUCGUCAUAGCGGGCAGGUGAUCGAUGCUCUUUGUCGUCGACGGGUUGAUUGGAUGCUGCUUGGUGACUACAACGUUGCCCUGGAGGAGGCCCCUGCCGCUUGGGAACUAGCUGCUCGUGCUGAUGUUCGAAGCCUCGACGAAGCUUGUCUCGAGUAUUGCCCGCUCCCGGCUACUUCUCCGAGUCGGCUCAGGCGUAUCGACUUCGGCCUUGCUUCACGGCAGUUGUCGGCGGAGGCUCUCCAUACUUUCGAGACCAUCGCUGAUCAUCGAGGCACGGCUUAUGAUAUGAGGUUCGCUGGUCCGCGUGGGUUUUCUGGGCCGCCUCGUGUUCCUCUGAAUGCGGCGGAUGUUUCGCCUUCGUGCUGGGAGGAGGUGUGGCGGGCCCGAUCUGCUUCUUUCCAGGCGGCUCUCACCACAGACGUCGAGGAGGCUUGGACCAUUCUUUCCAGUGCUGCUGAACAGGCGAUGGCGGGCUCGGCUCAGCGCUCCACUGGCUGCGCUCGGCACUCUACGUGGCGACCUCACCGAGAACGGGAUGUCCACAAAGCUGCUGCUGGGGCAGAGUCCCUCCUGUUGACGCGGAUGCGUCGCCUGCAACGAAGACUCGCUCACCUGCGCCGCGUCCAGCAUGACGCGCAGCUGCGGCGCAACAUUGAUGCUGACCUGGGGCACCUUGGUCACACCUUCCCUGAGCUCUUGGAGUUCCGGCAUGGUGGCGAGCUCGGCGCUGUGCGGCUGGUGGACUCCCUUGUGGACGCGCUUGAGAAGGAGGCGCUAGAGUCUGCAGUGGCGGCUUGGAUUGACUUCAACUACAAGGCGCAGUGCGCUUGGGUCAAGCGUCGCUCCGGCCUCGAAAAGGAGCUCGAGAUGCCGGCGAGGUGGACCCGCUUCUGCCUCGGGCAAGGGCGUAGCCAUGCUGCUGUGGCGAGUGCGCUUAGCUCUCUUCCGGAGCUGCCGCUUGCGAACCUUGAGUUGUCCUUCACUGGUGCUGAACUGUUCGCCAUCGGCAGGACCAUGUGUGGAAAAGCUGGCGGGCCAGAUGGUUGGACGGCUGAUUUGUGGUGCCAUUUGCCGCUUGCGUUCUGGAACUGCCUGGCGAGCCUUUGGCAGGCGGUGGUACGGCUGAAGGAGUUGCCACGAAUUUGGCGUUGCUCGCGUGUUGCACUCAUCCCGAAGGGCAACGGUGACUGCAGGCCGCUGUCUUUGCUGUGCAUCGCCUACCGUAUCGGUGCCAGAGCGGUGCUGUCGCAGGUUUCUUCUUGGGCGGAGGGAUGGCUUGGGCACCAGAGGAGUGGCGGGGUGCCGCGCACGUCGCUCAAGGAUGUCGUCAGUCAAGUGCUGGUUUCCUGCGUGGAUGGAGGCGUCACUGUCGCUGAGGAUUUGUCAAAAUUUUUCGAUGGCAUCGACCACCAGGAUUUGGACAUGGCGCUGGAGCGGCUUGGCGCGCCGCGCCAGUUCCGCGCGUUGGUGAACCUCUUCUAUGACGAGCACUACAAGCUCUUUUCGGCGGGAGGCUUGCUCGGUGGCUGCUGGCACAGGACGGCGCGGGGACUCUGCCAGGGUUGCCCGCUUAGCCCGCUCCUCGCUUCGACCGUCAUGUUGGCUUGGGCUCUGCGUCUCGAGCAGCUCCCUGGAGUACGAGCGGCUUCCUUUGUUGAUGACCGCUAUAUGCUCUUGAAACCGCAGGCGGAUGCUGGCAUGGCUUGUCGGUCCAGUCGCGACUUCGACAGGGCUAUGGGUUUUUCCUGCGGCAGUGCUAAGUGCAAGGUGGCUGCCCCUUCCUCUUGUGCUUGGGCUGCAGGUGUGGUGCGAGCUUUUGGCUACGAGUCCACUCCCGUCCUCAAGGUGCUGGGCUUGAUGCUUGACUUUAACGCUGGAGGCCGCGCUUUGUUGGCGGCGCCUUUUUCGGUCCCUGGCGGUACCUUUGUGGACGUGGGCUGGCGCUUCUGGCGGCCUCGCCGCAGCGGAGCCAACGAGCUGCGGGCGGAUGUGCUCUGCCGUGUGGGGUCGACGAGUGUCCGGGACAGGGCUUGCCCUCUGGCGCUGGAAAUCAUCGGCUACGACUGCGACCCUGUCUUCUCUCGCAGGUGGGCCGCGCUUCGUGAAGUUACCAGGGUGGCUACCUCCACGGCUGCUUGGCAGGAGACUGCCCCUCUUGAUGUUGCUCUUCGUGCUUGGCCGCUGUACCUUCACUUUGCCAGGGACAUUCUCACGGAGCUUGGGUGGCAGGUCGAGGAGAACGGCCGGGUUAUCACCAGAGUCGAUGCACAAGGCCGCAUCCGGCGUUUCUGCUGUGGCCAGGACCGCCUUGAGGUCUUGCGAGAAUGGGUUAUGGACUGGCACCGUCGUGAAGCUUUUGUUCAGUGCCAGCGGGUCCACAGGGACUACCGUCGCACGGAGCCGGCUCUGGCUCGUGGUGGAUGGCUGCCGCCGAUCGCCAAUGGCACCUUGUGCCAUGGAUGCAGUGGAUGGGACAAGGCCAAACGCAACGGUUUGGAUGCCAUCCCUCAGUGCCGCUGUGGGCUCGCUGAGCCUAGCCGACCUCACCUGCUCUGGAGGUGCCCGGAGUUCACCGCGCUUUCGGCUGCCUACGGACCGCCAACCACGCGCUUGGCUGAGAGACUGCUUGCUGUUGCUGUGCCUGAGACUCCGCCUGCUCCUCCCGUUCUCGAUCCUGGCGAGUUGUUGGAGGACAUCGCUGCUGACAUCCGACUUCGGUGGCCACCGGAUGGGGUGCUGUUGCUCGGCACCGACGGCUCGGCUUUUGACCUGGUCGCUGCUGCCGCUGUCGCUGUUGAGGGAGGGGGGGUCUUCGCUUCUGGACUCCAAGGAGAAGAUCAAUCCCCCUACAAAGCCGAACUCGAGGGUUUGAGACUGUGUCUUCAAGGCCUUUUGCGAGCUGGUGCGGCGAUUGAUGCCUGGAAUGGUUGUGGGUGUCUCUUGUUCUACGUGACACUCUUUCAGUCGUUGCGAGCCCAGUUGCGGUCGCUUGGUCUCGAGGUGGACGCCGUCUGGGUGCCUAGCCAUGGCAAGCCGACCCCUGCUGGAUGGAGUGGCAGUGCUUUCUUUUCGCUGCAGCGGCUUCGAGCCAUCAACGAGCGUGCUGACGGCGCGGCUGGUCCUUUGGCCCGGCGGCGUGCCACUGGCUCCCUCCGCCAACGCUGUCUUCGGGCGCGCGAGGAGGCUGCCAGAUGCGAGACCUGA